CGCGUGCGAUGUGGUGGGCGGGCGCGGUCUCGGUCGCCGGGAAAAACAGUCUCAGGCUGCUGACGGAGGGGGAUGGUCGCCAGGGAAGGAGCGUAGAUCCGUCGCGCGGAUCUGAAAAUGCGGAGAGACACCGCCGGUUCUCAGUCACGGUAUCGCGUCCUCUCGGUCCGCUUCGACAACAUCGACACACCAGCCGAUGGACGAUGAAACCUCGUUGACAUUGUCCUCUUCUACCUUCUCCUCCUCCUCCUCCACCUCCUCCUUCUCUCCUCCUUCUUCUGCUCCUCCUCUUCUUCUUCUUCUUCUUCUUCUUCUACCUCUUGGUUAUCAUCAUCCUCGCUAGUUCUCGUCUCUUCUCGGUAGACGUCCGAUCCGCGAAAGUGGCUGCCGUUCUUCCUCUCUUCGGCGAAAUUCGUAAAUGCUUCGCGUGGUCGCGCGCCUCUCGCCUCCUCGCGACAAUUCACUUGGUUGAUUCGUCUCAGGAUAUACCUGUGCGACUUUGAGCCUGCGACCGUGGCCAGGGGAGAGUUCGGUCAGGGGAGAGGUUUCUCUAUGCGAUCGCCGCCGAUGACUGUAAUGCAUGUAAACGAGCGGCUCUCGCUUGGGAAAUAAGGGAACGUUCCGGCACGAAGCGGCUGCUGCUGCGACCGCCGCAGGACCACGGCAGGAGAGAAACCUGAGGAACGCUCACUGCAAGGUUGCACUGUUGUACCUGGCGGCGCACCGGCGUGACCAUGAUUUUGCGAACUUGUCUCUGCCUCUGCUUCCUCACGGUUUCGGCGCUCUGCUUGACCGCGGACGAGAUCGAGGCGCAGAGGAGCGGCUGGAACCUGAAUCCCAACACGCAGUACCACAUUCAGACCGACGAGGGCCCGGAGAGAUUUUUCCGCUUUCAAACGGCGAACGGCCAGUACAGAAAGGAGAAGAGACUGGCCGACGGCACGGUGAUCGGCACCGAGGGCUGGCUGGACCCUCUCGGGUAUUUACGACUGAAGGAUUACAUCGCGGACCACGAGGGAUUCCGAAUACUGAGGUCCAAGAUGGUCUACGUGGGUAAGAACCGGCCUAUUCAGGACGCGGUCGCGGAAACGAAGAAGGUGCCGGCGCAGACCGGCGUCUUGGCCAGACCCAGAAGACCGCCCAAUCCUUUCAGACGACCGGACCCCAAAGACGUCGUCAGUCCGCUGUCCGGUAACGAUAUCACUUCCGGCUAUUACAUCCCGACGACCGUUCGACCACGACCAAACGUGUCGCCGAUUGCUGGCAACGAUUACUAUUCGAAUCGACCGGGCUACCCCUCAUCCGGCCUGCAGAGUCUGGAAACUUAUCAUCGACCGCAGACCACGUACUACCGCGGAUCCGUCACUCGACCCACUACGAUCCUCGAGGCACCCUAUGACCCCGCGGUCGCCCGUCCCUCCGUCGUCAGGACCAGCUACCGAUCGCCCAUCUCGCGAAGCGAUUCGGCACCCGAUUUGCCACCCUACGACGGCACUUACAGCACGGCGAACGGCUUCCAGUACUACCUGAAGAGGCAAUAUCACGAAGAGGAGCGGGAGCCGGACGGCAACAACGUUGGGUCGUUCGGCUACAUCGACCCCUUCGGCAUUCGCCGGGUGAUUUACUACAAGACGGACCCGCAUACCGGCGGUUUCGUCCACAAGAAGAAUAACCGCUACGUCGGCUUCGCCGCGACGCCCUACGACCCGUCGCCGCCUGACCUGUCGCGAACACGAGCCUCGAGAGCCUCCUCCCCAGCAACGAGCUCGUAACGAUUUGCUCUAUGUUUAUCGCUUCGCGUCGUAGCGCUGUUUUGUCGCGGAGAACUCGUCAUCUGAUAUCGCGUCGACGCCAGUUUCGCCACGGCCUCGAUUCGACCCGACGAGCUCUCGAUCGGCGAGAGGCUGCUCGUCGCCCCGAACCGUCGCCUGUCGACUUAAGCAAUCUCUCCUUGUCGAUCGCCGAUUUUUCCGCCCGUCGAUGGAUGAAACGACGAAUGCCGAAGAGAGAAGGAGAGGGAGAGCAGCUCUCUCGGUCUCGCGUGGAGACCGAUCAUCCGAGUUUCAUGUGCGAGGUCUCUUCGACGGGAGGAAAUCUCGGCGUGAGAUCCAACGUUGCUUAACGUUUCUCGAAGUGCCACGACUGAUUUUCUCUCAUGUACGACUCCGUUGUGUUAUCCGCACCAACGGUCGCCAGUAUUACCCGAGUGCGUUGCAGGGGAUGGGAUCGGUUGAUCGAAUCAGGAGGCCGCCGAAGCGUAGCGGGUAGGAAAAUCCCGACGGCGGGAAGAUCAGGAGGAGCGGAGGCGAUGAAGACGACGAUCUCUCGUCGUGAAGAUGUUCGCGACUUCCUGACUCACCAUCUCGCCUCUACCUUUGUUCCGUUAUUAUCGUGAGGAGAUAAUCGGAUAUCGCGAGGACGACGUUAGAUGCCAUGUUGGGCUGCGUGUGUACAUAAUUUUCAGGGAGGCGCGGUGGGACUUCCUUGAAAAAGGGGAAAAGAAAGAAAAAUGGAAAUAUUGCAGAACACGUCGGACAAUGUUCGCCGACUUUUCCAGUUGCGUCACCGAUCUGUCAGCCGUGCGAACAGAGUCUCGGUCGACAUUGUCUCGCGCGCGAGACAACGCUUCCUCUAACAGCCUACAUUUCUUCCCAAAGACCCGGGAGGAAUGAGAAAGUAUUUGCUCUCGUUUAGAGUACAAUUGUAAUGCGAGACCUUUCGCGACACGAUUCUCGAGCAGAAUUCAAUUUCUCCGACCGAUUGUUCGGGAUGACGGAUGCAAGUUUUCGAAUUUGUGAAAAGCGAUUCGCUGAGUGUCAUUUUUAUGCUUCUUUCCGGCGAUCGUCUGCUUCGUCGGUUUUAUCAUCAUUGGACAGCGAACAUUGGACCACGAUCGGAAAAUCCCACUUACCGAAUCAAAAUAGAAAGGUCGGCACUUUGGCGCGAGCGGAUCGGACGUCAACCCCGCGAUGCGGGAUAUUUUUUCUCUGCUGACACGACAAUCCACAGCACGAAAUGUCGCCUUGAAAGAAGUGGACUUUCCACCCGAAUUUAUCACAGCUCCUAAUCUUCCGGAUUCUUAUGCGGAAGAUAACGGCGAUGCGAAUAAACAUGUACGUCCGCAGGUGCGUCGUGCAUCGCGAGGUUGACUCAGCGCAAGUCGUAGUUCCGGAGAGAAUUUAACAGCUUUCUACAUCGCCGAAUUCCGCUUGUCGCUAAUGUAGCUGCCUCCUAGUUUCGCAAACAUGCGUCCGUACGCUUUUCUUAUGUACUAAUUUUCUCGCGGAAGGUAUCCGCUCGUGCCGAACGACGACGGGGCCCGCGUAGUAUUAGUUAAUCGUUAAGUUAAAACCUCGUUAUAAACACCGCGACAAUGGUGCUGGCUGUUGAGUAAAAGCGGAUACGCCGCGCGCGCUUUCCGUUCUUUCAUGGCGGUGUGAACCGUGCCGUCGUUCCGCUCGGUGCGCGUAGUCAAUCGCAAUUUUCGGAUUAAGCCUCCCCCCGCGCGGACGACGUUUAUUUUCAGCCGUCGUAUCCGUGUAAAAGUCGGAAAACACGGAGGGUGGAGGAGGAAACGGGGGCUACGUAGCACCGUAGAACAUUGUUUUACGCCUAACUUAUUGCGUGCGUGCGGUCGUUCGCACGUGCCGAGUGUCGUCAGUCAUGUGAUGUGUCCAAGAUGGUUUUCGCGCAAGCAUCGUGCAAUAAAAGCUCUGUGUGAAACUUAGAGAAUUCUUUCUUUCAGAGUUGAGGCUGUACCGUAGCGACGAAAAAACUCUUCAAUUUCAGCAAGAUUUCAAGCUAGCUGCUUGUGCAAUAUAUAUUUGUUAAGACUAUGCUUCGUAUAAAAUUACACCGAGUUACGCGUCGCGACCGGAAGAACUCGCACGUGUCUAUGCCAGAUCAGUCUCAAGUGUAUUGGCGAUUUAGAAAAAUAUUCAAUGUUUUUAGCUACGUCAGACUCGUUUCCGUUGCAUGCAAUUUCACAUAUUCCACUCCGGGAAAAAACAUACCAGACUACUUAUUAUAUAUUAAUGGAUUUUACCGGAGGCAAACUAGUUUCAUCAUAGAAAAAUGCCGAACACUUAUUUUCCGGUUGGAAUAAUGGCGCGAAAUGAAAAUUCUUGACACCAGGAUAUCGAAAGGAUAUCCAUGGCAUUCGAUUUAAUAUGGCGCAAAUAUCUCUGUCGUUCUCGAUAUUUCUGACGUCGGUCGAUAAUGCUACCAUGUAAUCUUCCUUAUAAGACAGAUCCAACGUUUAUUUCAAGGAUUUGUUCUUGCCUUACAGGUCUGCGAAUCUUCCGCGAGUCUCUUGGAAUGAUCGUCUCAUAAUAUUUGUUUUUAAGAUACUCGCAACUUGCAAUCGGCAUUCGAUCACAAGGAAGGCAUUCGGUGAGGUCGCGCGGCGCAACCGCAGAGCUCGGACGGCAGUCGCUCGCAACGCAAUAAUUGUAACGGCGGCACGUCGAGCCCGUUUAUCCGAUUAUUACACUCCUCAUUCAGAAUUUCACCGGCCUUGACGCGCUACCUCGUGAAAAGUUUCACCGACCUCGGAGCGCGCACUCUUUCUCUCCUCUCCGAGCACGAAGACUGACGCCCUUAUAGAUUCGCGUGUGUGUAUGUAUGUGUGUGAUUACGCGUAUACACGAGACUAACAAUAAAGAUGCUUCGCUCCGUUAGGACGUGCGUCAUCCUACAUUUUCCUCGAUCGUCUCCUACGCGCGGAUGCUCUGAGAUCGCGCGACGAUACUCGCUUAUUCCGCGGAAAAUUCGGAAAGAGUCUGCAUGCUCGUGUAUUGAUAUACAUACACGCAUGAGAACCGCGUUCGCACGUCCCCCCUCCCCCCUCCGUGGUAAGCGCGACAGUUCGACAGGAAAUCGAUCUAUUUCUUCGAGACACACCGAGAUCAAUAUCUGACUCCGUUUGCUACUUUCUUCCGAUUGCAGUCUCCCGUUUUUACUUCAAAUUACCGAUACAUCGGUAUUAUGUAUAGAGAAACAUAUUACGAAAUUACACUUGAUGCCGUCACGGAUGUAUCUUUCCGAUCAUGAUCCAGAGAUGACAAUUGAUUGAACGCCAAAUAGAUUACGUGUGAGGAAGAAACCUGCCGCGCGAGGAAUCGACGCGGCCAAGACGUUAAGUGAAAGUGUUCGGGAAAACGCUAAUCUUGAUCGUGAACAGUCGGUGCAUACGACGAGUCUCUGUAAGAACCGUCGAACUCUUCCAAGUUCUCGCGUGGAAGUCGCACAGAUGGUCGGCCGCGAGGUGUAAAAAUAACGGCGGCGGGAUGAAUGAACGCAGGAACGAUCGCGAGCGGAUCAGCUCGCCGCGCCGGCGCGAGGCCAUCCCCGUGACAUUCUUCCAUCGCGACACAACGAGAAAUGUCAGUUCCCAGCACUCCGAGAGUGUAAUUACGCCCCGGCGGUAUCGAUGCCGCCGAAGAAAGAGAAAGAGAAAGAGAGGGAGGAUUGAUCAUUAAUACGUGCAUACGGGAAUGCCAGGAUCUCACGUUGAGAAAGGAUCGACGGUGCGAAUUGGACGAACGGAGCGAGUCGACUUGCCACAUAGUAUCUCGAUGUCUCUUAUUACAAAUGUACACACAAUGGAGAGUGUAUUUGGAGAGCGAGGGGGAUAACGUAACUUAACAACUUAAUCGCUACUUCUUAAUAAGUACGAUACAGUGCUGCGGAUAUGUAUUGCUGAAGAGCACCGACAGUGCUCCGGUCUCACUGCCGGUACUUCCUGUCGUAGUCAUCCCGCCUGUCGACCUGUUGGUUCAACGGCUGAUGAGUUUUUUGGGCCGCGGCACGGGCUUCUUCCUCCUGAAACGUGAAACGCUUGGAGUCUCCAUUCUAGGCUACUGCUCUGUUUGUCGAGCUGCGGAUUAGUUGCGGAAGAUUAGACGGAGGUGGGAGCCAUGGUGGGAGAGAGAGAAAUGGUUCCAUCGAGGAGAGUUAGUUUUGCGGGAAGAAUGAGACAUACACACGACAAAACCGGAAAUGAAAAAGUACGAUCUGCCAGGAGGACAAUUUAUCUUGGGAAAUCAGGCGGGAAAUGCUCUCUGAUCGGAAGAAAUGAUUUGCGCUGAUUUGUGCGUCAUUAUGACAAACGAUCAGGUGUGUACUUUCAACAGACUUUCGACAUCUUCAUCUCUUCAACGUUGCUCUUAUCCUUUCGAUUCGGUUUUAAGGUCGCAAUAUCUUUUCGAAGAAAAAAUUUGAAAUGUGCCCGAUGAAUUCGCUCGAUAAUGGUAACGCGCUAAUUAUCACGGUCCAUGAAACAAUCUUAAUUGCAUGCUGAUCUCUCGCGGACGGUCCGUGUCAUGCUUUCGUGCGGCUUACACGAGAUCGUCGUUUUCUACCCCGAAGAGUAAAAGCAGAAGGAAAACUGGUAGUUGCCGCUCGCGCGCGCGCGAGUGCGUUUGUAAUGACACGAUGAUUAAUGAGAUUCGCGAAAGGAGGCUGCGUGCGAUAGCAGGUAACGCUUGUAUCUCCUUCCUCAGUUUUGCGCAAGUCAUUCAUAGGCGAGAGCGGGCCUCGGCCUUUGCGUCGAUAUCGAUCGCUAUCACGAUUUCGCAAACACGUUUCUGCCUGACAAGCAGAUAACUGAAUGGCUUUUCGCAAAGCCUGCUUGGGAACCGUUGACCUAUGCCGGCAAUGGCGAAA